CGGCGGAGCUCCCGGGACAGAGAAAAGUUUCCAAACUAUAUAUUUUAUAGGAAUGCGUAUUAAAGUGUGUCUUGUCAAAUACAGUUUCAACACACACAAGCCGCUGCUGAAGUAAAACUUCGCUCGAAGCCUCUAUGGAGAGAUUUGGCACUUUUUGCUCUUGAUUGCGCAGAAACGUCGCUCCUGCCGAUAGAGACUGAAGUUAUUCAUGGAUUAGAGCCAAGUGGGACCUGAAACAAACAUCAGAAGAGAGAAAUACAAGUCGAAAUAUAUGCUCUGGGGGAUGGCAACAGCCACCUCAAGCCCCUACCUAGCCAGCAGCAGGAUCCUAUCCGGCUCGGUCCUCCACCCGGACCGGAGAGGCGGUGGCAUGCAGCCGGGCAGCGCCGCUGUGACCACCGUGUCUAGUGGAUACAGAGGCGACCCUCCAGUCAAGAUGGUGCAGAGUGACUUCAUGCACGGGGCGAUGGUGGCGAGCAACGGGGGGCACAUGCUCAGCCAUGCCCACCAGUGGGUGACAUCGCUGCCUCACGCGGCGGCCGCGGCGGCUGCGGCGGCGGCGGCGGCCGCAGAGGCCGGCGCUCACUGGCCCCCCAGCCCCCAGCCGCAGGAGCUGAAGAGGGGCACCGGCAGGGACGACCUCCACUCGGGGUCAGCCCUGCACCACCGGUCCCCGCAUGUGGGAGGCCACCAGGCGCACCCGGGCGCUUGGGGAGGCUCCGCCGCGGCGCACAUCAGCAUCUCGGAGGGGGGGCAGCAGCAGCAGCAGCAGCCGCAGCAGCAGCAGCAGCAGCAGCCGCUCAUCUACUCCCAGCCCGGCGGAUUUACAGUCAACGGGAUGCUGAGCUCCCAGAGCCUCAUGCACUCGGGGCUGGUGCGCGGGGAGUCCCCCGAGCUGGACCACGGCAGCCACCACCACCACCAUCACCAUCACAACCACCACGCGCACCACCACCAGCACCACGGAGUGGGCCACGACUCGCACUCGGACGAGGACACGCCGACGUCCGACGACUUGGAGCAUUUCGCCAAGCAGUUCAAGCAGCGGCGGAUCAAGCUGGGCUUCACGCAGGCGGACGUCGGCCUGGCUCUGGGCACGCUGUACGGCAACGUCUUCUCCCAGACCACCAUCUGCAGGUUCGAGGCGCUGCAGCUCAGCUUCAAGAACAUGUGCAAGCUCAAGCCUCUGCUCAACAAAUGGCUGGAGGAGGCCGACUCCACGACCGGGAGCCCCACCAGCAUCGACAAGAUCGCCACCCAGGGCAGGAAGAGGAAAAAGCGCACGUCCAUCGAGGUGAGCGUAAAAGGCGCGCUGGAGAGCCACUUCCUCAAAUGCCCCAAGCCCUCCGCGCAGGAGAUCAACUCUCUGGCGGACACUCUGCAGCUGGAGAAGGAGGUGGUCCGGGUCUGGUUCUGCAACCGCCGGCAGAAGGAGAAGCGCAUGACGCCGCCCGGACUGCCGCGCACGCCGGAGGACGCGUAUUCACAGGUGGGCGCCCUGGGAGCGGACACGCCGUCCCCCUCCAUAGACUGCAAGAGGAUGUACAGCGACACGUGAGAAUCCC